CCUACUCAACCACUGAAUCAAUCUGUAUAAAAUUUAGCAUACGUAUUGUGUAAAGUAUGGAGAAGGACAUGGUGUAUCAUCCCAAUAAAAAUUAUAGUUUCCGCAGGAUUGAAGCCAACAAGGGAAUCGAAUUACAGUUUUCGAGAUUAACAGUUUUGUUGGUGACAGCGUUUUCGGCCUCGAAUCGAAUGAUUUUCACCAAGUUAUUUUUACCAAGAUUUCUGCGUAAAAUCUGUUGAUAAAAAUGCAGCAAAUAACAGUAUUUAUGGAUAUCGAGAGUUCACGUUCUUACAUAGAUGAGUUGUAUUCUUCGGAUGAAACGAAAAUUAUAGAAGCUUUGGUGACCCUGAAAAACUCUGUGAUCGGCAGCAAUCGACAAAAGACCUCUGUGAUACAGCAAGGAGUGGUACCGCGGCUACUGCAGUUGAUGUCGGAUGAAGCACUCGAUCCCAAUAUAAGACUUGAGGCUACAAUCACAAUUGGGUCACUAGCCAAAGGCACUCAAGAGAAUGUAUCCUCACUAGUAGACCAAGGAGCAGCCACCGCUCUGGUGGAACUGUUAAAGAAUGUACCGGUUACAACAAAGCUGGCUGAAGCAGCGCUAUGUGCCCUACGCAGCGUGUUCCUACAACCCCCAGCCCCAAUCGCAGCACUUCCGGCAGAUAUGAGACUCUUGACAAGACUGACACAAAUCGCCCGUGAAGGUUCACCCACAGCACGUUGUUGUGUUGUCCGGAUCCUCGCCAUCUGGUGCGGAGGCACACUCGAGCAGGAAGCAUUAUGUGCGGCCGGAGCUUGUUCAGCUAUCGCAGCAAUGUUGUCCAAUGGAAGGAACGGACCACCCGUAGCAAGAGCCACACCAGCAUUGGAACUGUUAGCCAAUAUGUGCUUUGAGAAUAGUAAUGUUUCACAUGUUGCAUUGACUACCAAACACGGAGACAAAACAAUCCCAGAGUUGCUGAUGUCGCUGGUGUGUCGCGACAAGCCGCUGGCGGUGUCGCUCGCGGCGGCGCGGUGUCUCACCUUCAUACAGCGCGCCGGCGCCCUGCCACACAACGACACCAAAGUGGUGUUUGGUGCGCUUCCUUGCCUGGCCCGGCUCUGUACUAAAGAAAUGCCCGAGGAAAUCAGAGCAAAAGCCGCGGAAACAUUAGCCUACUUGGCAGAGGUCGACACAUCCCUACAAAGGCUGGCGGCAAUCUCCAACCACCUGAUGAGUUCGCUCGCAGACAUUGUGAACUGCCCGUCCGCCGCCGCUAAACAGGGCGCCUUCAAAUGUUUCGCGUCCCUGGGAGCCAAUGAUGAGGAUAUAAGAAAGAGAAUUAUAGAAACACACGGAUUAAUGAUGCAUAUCGUCAGUGGAAUGAACAAUCCGGAGCCUUCUAUAAGAUUAGCAGCUGUAAGAUGUUUACACUCUCUGUCCCGAUCUGUGCAACAGCUACGGACGACGUUUCAGGACCACGCCGUAUGGCGGCCGCUAAUGCAACUCCUGAACGACUCGCCCGGCACCGAACUGUUGACCGUGGGGUCGUCGACACUAUGCAACCUACUACUGGAGUUCUCGCCCGCCAAAGAGCCAAUGUUAGAUCAAGGUGCGGUUGAGAUGUUAUGUAACCUCACGAAAAGACCGGAAGCGGCUCUCCGGCUAAACGGCAUCUGGGCACUUAUGAAUAUGGCCUUUCAGGCUGAACAAAAAGUGAAGCAGCGCAUAUUAAACUGCCUGGGCACAGAGCAAAUGUUCAGGUUACUUGGAGACAGCGACACCAGAGUCAUAAUGAAGACCCUGGGUCUGCUGAGGAACCUCCUCUCCACCAGGCAGCAUAUAGACGCGAUCAUGAGCGAGUACUCUUCUCAAGUGAUGCAGGCUGUGAUAGUAGUUCUAGAAGGCUCGUACCCCGCUGAGGUGAAAGAACAGGCGCUUUGUAUCCUGGGGAACAUUGGGGACGGUGAGAAGGCCAGGGACUUUAUUAUGGCCAACGAGGAUGUGCUGAGGAAGCUGGUGGACUAUUUGGCGCACCCGGAGAGCAAGCUGCAGGAGGCGGCGCUGUUCGUGGCGGGCAACCUGGUGCGCGGCGGCGAGGCGGGCGCGGGCGCGCGCCAGGCGCGGCUGGCCGAGCUGGGCGUGCUGCGCGCGCUGGCCGGCCUGCGCGUGCGCCCCGACGCGCAGCACCUGCACGACAAGGUGAAAAGCGCUCUAGCUCAGUUCAAUGAGUUGACAUAAUACAAGAGGCGCUGCCGAAAACGCCUGAGACGAAAGUGACUAUACCAAUGUGAUUUACAGUGAGUCUUGUACGAGUAAUAAUAAGUAAUGUACAUAGAUAGGUCUCAACGUUGUUAACACUGAGGAUUCAAAUAAUUUAUUUUAAUUUAUCAUUUUGUUUACGUCAUAGAGAAUGACAGAUGAGUUUCAGAAGUGCGGCGCUGUACGGAAUCGUGUCGACCAAUCGUUGUGGUUUAUUUUUUUCGAGUGAAAUUUGAUUGGUUGAUUCUGUAUACACGCAUCAUCUGUCGAAGUGAAUGAAAGUGAAUGUGGUCGUUGAAUAUGUUUUUGCGAUGUCUUAUGUUUAAGCAAUACAUUGAUUGUGGUCCAAGUCAUAUAGGAAGUAGCAAGUAGAAUUUUAUGCACAAUGGCAGCUUGAAGUGUUGUGUUCUCUGAAAAAGAUAUGCACAAUAUAUUUGAAACCCACAUGGCGUGUAUCGUUCACGGCAAUAACUCCGCAAUUGCAAUGUUUUUUGUCGGAUAACAAAUUAUAGAGAUGAGGCUGUCCUAUUGAGAAAUUUUAGAACUGAAUAUUCCAUCCCUUGGACCAGAUUACAAAAUAGUAAUUGCGCAUACAAUGACAUCCAUAUAGCAAAACGUAGCUCUUAUCUAUAUGACUUGGAGCAGAAAAUUAUUCUUUGUGAAGCUCUGAAAAUUUGCGAUACGACACUAA